AUGGUGGGUGUGACUGUGAUCAUCCAUAUCUCAGUAACGAGGGUUAUCAUGAUCAUGUGCUGCUGUGGUGCUGCUGAAGAGGGAGAGGGCGGAUGGAAGCGGGUUGGGAAAGAAGCUGCAGGAGCCUCUGUUGAUCCGUCGGCUGUGAGGGAAGCGUGUGUGUGCGUUUCACAUUGGAGAACUGGCCAGGAGGUUCCGGAUGGCGAGCUUAGUCCCGAACCAGAGUUGAGCUCCAAGAGAGGAACUCAUUCAUUGGAAGAACAUGAGCAGAGGUUGCUGCGGGUGCUUCAUCGGUUGAAGCAGUACGGCCUGAAGCUCUCUCCGGAAAAGUGCAAGUUUUUCCAGACGUCGAAGCGGGUUGGGAAAGAAGCUGCAGGAGCCUCUGUUGAUCCGUCGGCUGUGAGGGAAGCGUGUGUGUGCGUUUCACAUUGGAGAACUGGCCAGGAGAGCGGAGUGGAGAGGAAGAGAGCGGGCGACCACGACAUCCACCGCCGGAGAGAGAUGGACGUUGGGAAUGACAGACUUCACACGAGAGGGUCCAAGGCUGGAGUAUUUUUGGAGGACCCACCCAAACUGGACCCGCCCACACAGGACCCGCCCACACAGGACUCGUCGACACUGGACUCGUCGACACUGGACUCGUCGACACAGGACCCGCCCACACAGGACCCGCCCACACAGGACCCGCCCACACAGGACCCGCCCACACAGGACCCGCCCACACAGGACUCGUCGACACUGGACUCGCCCACAUUGGACCCGCCCACAAUGGACCCGCCCACACAGGACUCGUCGACACUGGACUCGCCCACAUUGGACCCGCCCACAAUGGACCCGCCCACACAGAAUCCAUCUACACAGGACCUGCCCAUACUGGACCUGCCUACAGAGGACCCACCAAAACUGGACCCGCCCACACAGGACCUGCCUACACAGGUGCCACCCACAGCCGUCGGGGACAUACAGCUUCCAUAUGACGAGGCAGAGCAGGCAGCCUUUCUCCUGAAGCCGCUCAACAGCCCAACUCAGACAGGUCGACACUUCCAAAGCAGCACCUCCUCCUCUGUCAGAGCCCACAUGGUCCCACAGCCGGACCAGGAGUGCAGCCCCUCUGACCACUCCAACCUGCAGCUCCCUCCUCUAGCCCACAUGGUCCCACAGCCGGACCAGGAGUGCAGCACUGACCACUCCAACCUGCAGCUCCCUCCUCUAGCCCACAUGGUCCCACAGCCGUACCAGGAGUGCAGCUCCUCUGACCACUCCAACCUGCAGCUCCCUCCUCUGUCAGAGCCCACAUGGUCCCACAGCCGGACCAGGAGUGCAGCACUGACCACUCCAACCUGCAGCUCCCUCCUCUGUCAGAGCCCACAUGGUCCCACAGCCGGACCAGGAGUGCAGCACUGA